AUACAUACAUACAUACAUAGAAAAAUUUUGAAUACCUAUAUAAUUGUAACUAAUGUUAUAAGAUUGUACAAAUUUGAAUUCAUGAAAUAUUCAAUACAAACUGUAUGUAGCUAUAUAAAACUGUAAUUGCUUGAACGAAAAUCUUCAAUAAUUAUAUCAGUAUGAUGACUUGUGAAUUUUAAAAAAGGCAUCAUAACCUUACAUUCAGUGUUGAUUUAUUUAAAUUUUCUGAAUUUAAAAAACAGAAAUGAUAAAAAUACCAAAGGAAAUUAAUCUUGAAGAUUACAUCUUAAUACUUCCAUCAGUGGGUGUUGGAAAUGUUGGACAAUUAUCCAUUGAUUUAUUAAUAUACAAUCUGAAUCUGUGCAAGACUGGAAGUAUGUGGAAUUCUAUGUUUCUUCCAAUUUCUGGUCUUGAUCCUUAUAAUAAAGAUUCUAGUUCUAUUUGCACUGCUGCUGACUUUUACCUUGCAACAUCUUGUAAAAUAAUAUGUUUACAAUUACGUUCACCUUAUGUUGAUAACUCAAAUGACUUUUUUGAAGAAUUAGCACAAUUUGUUCAAAACAGAAAAAUCAGCAAGGUAAUAGUUUUAACUAGCAGUUAUGACUAUGAGUGUGCUAAUGGAAUAGAUUCUACCUUGAGAUAUCUAACUUCAGAUGUUUCUUUAUUAAACAAUGAACAGCUUCUUGAAAGUCUUGCUUGGAAAAAGCAUGUAAAAGGAACUUCAAUAGAAUCUGCAGAAUGUAGUCGCAUCCCUGGUGGAGGUUUUGCAAGUAAUCUCUAUGAACAUUUGAAAUCAGAGGACAUUGUUUGCACAAUAUUGUAUUGUUAUUGUUCUGAAGGAAAUAAUGUUUCUGAUGCACUAUUAUUAUAUAAAGGUUUAAACAAAUGGCUAAAUCUAUUAAAUGACAGUGCCAUUAAUGAUGUUAAAUAUCCACCAUCUUGGGAAUACUUUUUUGGUAAUCCACCUUCUACUGAACUGUAUUAAGCUUCAAAUAUAUUUUAUUUAGAAAA